AUGGGAAUUCUCUGGAGGGUUGGAUUCCCAUGUCAGCUUCAGUCUUAACUAUAACUUCUCAAUGUCUUUUAUUUUUCUUUAUGAAGGUGACAUGGAGGAAGAAAGAAUAAGUGUUGGGUUACAGAAAAGUAUGAUGCAGGACUCGGUGACCUUUGAGGAUGUGGCUGUGGACUUUACCCAGCAGGAGUGGGCUUUGCUGGAUCUUGAACAGAGGAGCCUCUACAGAGAUGUGAUGCUGGAAACCUUCCAGAACCUGGUCUCACUAGGGUACCCACUACUCACACCCAAUCUGAUCUCCCAGUGGGAACAAGAGGAGGAACUGCAGACAGUGAAGACAGAACUUAUCCAGGGCAUCUGUAUGGAGCAGCACCAGGAAGGUUUUGAGUCUCUACUUAAUACUAAGGAAUUAGUUGCUCUUCAAGAUAACAAUGGAGAAAAAAUAUCCAAUGAACAGAAAAUAGUGAGAAUCAAAAGAAAUGGUUCCUGCUCCUCUAUUUUACAUGAAAACCAGGACACCCAUCAUGUGGAUGAUUGGAACAAAAGCCAUGAGAAAGGACUAAGGUGAGUGCCCUUCAUAUAAGAGAAGGUAGUGCAUCAGGAAACAAUUUUGAGAUUUAAGAAACAUAUUUUGGGGUUGGGGUUUUGGCUCAGUGGCAGGCAGAGUGCUUGCUUCCCAUAUGUGAGGACUGGGUUCAAUCCUCAGCAUCACA